GCGGAGCGGUUCAUUUGCCCCAACGUCUUGGUAUCUUCUGGGAGCUCUGCGAGAAAGUUAGAGAAGUUAGGCGCUGCUAUUUCUUUCGUCGCUCGUACCCUUUAGGGUUUAAAUUUUUAGUCCCCCACGCUAAGAUGAGUCGUUAUCCUGAAGUCAAGUGGGCUCAGAGGUCUGACAAGGUCUACCUAACUAUUCUUUUAGCUGAUGCAAAACAUGUUCAAAUAAACCUUGAACCAGAUGGUGUGUUUACCUUUUCUGGCAUAGCUGGUUCAGAAAAUAUUCUCUAUGAGCUGAAACUGGAGCUCUAUGAUAAAGUUAAUGUAGAGACAAGCAAACUUAACACAGGUGUUAGGAGCAUCUUUUGUGUCAUAAACAAAGCAGAGAAUGGUUGGUGGAAGAAGCUAUUGCGUGGUGAUGGAAAACUACCUCACUACAUAAAAGUUGAUUGGGAUAAAUGGGUAGAUGCAGAUGAUGGUCCAAAUGAUGACGAAUUUGAAGGAAUGGACUUCUCGAAGUUAGCUAAUAUGGGGGAUAUGGAUGGUGUUGACGAUUUUGAUGAUGGUGAUGCUGAAGGUGAAUUUGGAGACUAUGAGAAAACAGAUAAAACAGCUUCAGCAACAAAAAUUGAAACAGAAGCAGCUCCGAGCACUUGAAAACCUUCAGAGUCGUCUCAUGUUACUUACUCUUCAUGGGUCUCUCCCUUCUGUGGUCAAGAUAUUAAUGAAGGCAAGAUCCAUGCUUUCUUAUUAAUUCCCCUUCCGAUAGAUGUAGUAGGUUUAACAAAACUGUAAGGAUUUGGUAAAGUUUCUGAUGGUAAACAUAGUUGUGAUUUGCCUUAACACUUAUGGAGUAUUUAUGAAGAUAUUUGGUUUGUAAUUCUUCUCUGGUUCCUCAUAAAUUCUGUGUGAUUUUCUAACUGCUGAUUGUUUCUAUUUUUAUUAAAAAA